UAAAAAAAAUCUCUGCACUUCCCAGCUUCGACAGUUCAACCUCACUAUCUUCACCUGCGGCUUAUCAAGCGACGGCGUACUCCGGCGAGCGAUCGGUCCUUCACGGCGAACUCCACCUCAGGCGACGACGAACUCAGGUGAGUAAUCGUGGUACAACAAGAUGAUCAAGAUUCUAUAUUAUCUUGGAUAAAACAAAUCCGGUGCUUUAUAAAGGUUGCAUUGAAUUUUUUCCAUUCCUGAUGGUUGAUAAUAUUAGGAAUUGGGAGGAGGAUGGCUGGGAUGAAAGAAGAGUUGAAAAAGGCUUGGCAGUUUUUAAGGUCAAUAGAGUUUUGGAGGAUGGCAGUGCUGUGGAAUCUCUCUAUCCUCUACUCUUACUUGCUGCUAUUUUCUCGAAGCUUCCUCUAUUUCUCAAUUAACCACAGAUCUGAAACCAACUACUCAGAUAAAAGCGUUUCGCCUUGCACCUCAGAAGCUAUCACGCCACUUUGCAUUAUCACUGGUGCUACUUCUGGAUUGGGUGCAGCUGCUGCUCUUGCUCUUUCCAAACGUGGUUUCUAUGUAGUUCUUGCUGGACGGUCUGGGCAUUUGUUGUUGAAGACAAUGUCGGAGAUAAAAAGACAGAAUGAAGAUGCCCUUCUUAAAGCUUUUCAAGUCGAUCUCUUAUCCAUCCAGUCAAUCCUGAAUUUCAAAAAUUCCCUUCAGCUUUGGCUUCAAGACUCUAAAAUGCAUCCUUCAGUGCAACUUUUGAUAAACAAUGCUGGGAUAUUGGCGACAUCGUCUAGAAUCACAUCUGAAGGCUACGACCAGAUGAUGGCUACGAAUUAUGUUGGCCCGUUCUUUCUGACUCAAAUGUUAUUACCACUCCUGAAGAACAGCCCUUCUCCAUCUAGGAUAGUGAAUGUCUCAUCCUUUACACAUAGAUGUGUUUUGGAUAUACAGGUUGACGAGGAUACUGUGUGUGGGAAGUGCUUCAAGGGAUUGGAUCAGUAUCCAUGUGCUAGUAUCUAUGAGUAUUCUAAACUAUGCAUACUGCUGUUCUCCUAUGAGCUUCACCGAAAACUUUUCUUAGGGAAUGAAUCCCCCAAUAAAGUAUCUAUUAUUGUAGCGGAUCCUGGAGUUGUCAAAACUAACAUCACGAGAGAAGUUCCUUUAUAUGUUUCUUGGGUAGCAUUUACAGUAUUGAGGCUUUUGAGACUUCUACAACUACCUGAAGAUGGGGUCAGCUCCAUUUUGGAUGCAGCCCUUGCAUCACCUGAGACAUCUGGGGUAUACUUUUUCGGUGGGAAGGGUAGAACGGUCAAAUCCUCUGCACGAUCGUACAAUACGAAAGUUGCUGAGGAGCUAUGGGCGACAUCGUUUAAUCUGUUUCUGAAAUCCCAGCUUGCUACUGAGGGAGGAUCUAGUGCCUAAUUUUCAGCAAGGGAGUAUGGUAACUUAAUUUUUAGCACAUUGUAAAGAAUUCUGAACUUAUGAUGUAACUGCUUACUCAAAAUCAUAAUGUUUAGUAUUCCACAGCUA